CAGUCCACUGAUUCUGAGUAUAUUACUGUCUAAUGUUCAGUCUCUGGAUAAUAAAGUAGACAAGCUCAGGGCGAGGAUCUCCUUCCAGAGAGGCAUCAGGGACUGUAAUAUACUUUGUUUCACGGAAUCAUGGCUCUCUCUGGAUAUACUGUCCCAUCCAUACAUCCGGCUGGGUUCUCAGUACAGUACGCAGACAGGAAUAAAGAACUAUCAGAGAGGAAGGGCGGGAGUGUAUAUUUCAUGAAUAACUAUCCAUGGUGUGAUAACAUACAGAAACCCAAGUCCUUUUGUUCACCCGACCUAGAAUACAUCACAAUCAAAUGGCGACCAUAUACCUCCCAAGAGAAUUCUCUUUGAUUAUAGUCACAGCUGUGUAUAUUCCCCCUCAAGCCGAUACCACAACUGCCCUCAAGGAACUAAACUGGACAUUAUGCAAACUGGAAGCCAUGUAUCCUGAGGCUGCAUUCAUUGUAACUGGGGAUCUUAACAAACCAAAUUUGAGGGAAAUGCUACCGAAGUUCUAUCAACACAUUGACUGUAGUACUCGCUCUGGUAAAACACUCGAUCACCGUGGACGCCGACGCCUUGCUCCUGGACAAGUUAAACACCUUCCACACCGCUUUGAGAAUAACCGUGCCACCGACACGGCCUGCUCUCGUUCUUACGAGGUACGACAUUUAAGCGUGUUAACCCUCCCAAGGCUGCUGGCCAGGAUGGCAACCCUAGCCAUGUCAUCAGAGCAUGCUCACACCAGCUGGCUGGAGUAUUAAGGGACAUAUUCAAUCUCUCCCUAUCUUAGGUGCUGUCCCCACUUGCUUCAAGAUGUCCACCAUUGUUCCUGUACACAAGAAAGCAAAGGUUACUGAACUAAAUGACUAUUGCCCCUUAGCAUUCACUUCGGUCAUCAUGAAGUGCUUUGAGAGGCUAGUUAAGAAUCAUAGCACCUCUACCUUACCUGACACCCACUUCAAUUUGCUUACCGCCCCAAUAGAUCCACAGACAAUGCAAUUGCCAUCGCAUUGUACACCGCCCUUUCCCAUCUGGUCAAGAGGAAUACCUAUGUAAGAAUGCUGUUCAUUGAAUAAAGCUCAACCUUCAACACCAUAGUACCCUCCAAGCUCAUUAUUAACCUCGGGGGGGCCUGGGUUUGAACCCUGCCCUGUGCAACUGGGUCCUGGAGUUCCUGAUGGGCCGCCCCCAGGUGGUGAAGGUAGGAAACAACAUCUUCACUUCACUUAUCCUCAACACAGUGACCCCACAAGGGUGUGUGCUCAGAUCCCUCCUGUACUCCUUGUUCAACCAUGACUGCGUGGCCACGCACGCCUCCAACUCAAGCAUCAAAUUUGCAGAUGACACACGGCCUGGUUACCAACGAUGACGAGACAGCCUACAAGGAGGAGGUGAGGGCCCUGGCGGAGUGGUGACAGGAAAAUAACCACAAUGUCAACAAAACGAAGGAGCUGAUCGUGGACUUGAGGAAACAGCAGAGGGAGCACACCCCUAUCCACAUCGACGGGACCACAGUGAAGAAGGUGGAAAGCUUUAAGUUCCUCAUCGUACAUAUCACUGACAAUCUGAAAUGGUCCACUCACGCAGACAGUGUGGUGACAAGGGCGCAACAGCACCUGUUCAACUUCAGCAGGCUGAAGAACUUCGGCUUGGCCCCUAAGACCAUCAAAGUUUUACAGAUGCACAAUUGAGAGCAUCCUGUCUGGCUGUGUCACCGCCUGGUACGGCAACUGCACCGCAUACAACCACAGGGCUCUCCAGAGGAUGGUGCAGUCUACCCAAUGCAUCACCGGGGGCACACUGCCUUCCCUCCAGGACACCUACAGCACCCGAUGUCACAGGAAGGCCGAAAUGAUAAUCAAGGACAUAAACCACCCCAGCCAAGGCCUGUUCACCCUGCUAGAAGGAAAGAUUCUGAGUAGACUGUGAGCGUGCAUGGGCAGUUAGUACAGUAUGGAGGAGUUCCCAGAGAGCUUUAACCAGCUGGAACUGCUGAAGACCCACGACCACCUGAUCCCCCGCGGAGCAUGCAGCCUCUGGCCGGGAGACGAAGGAGAGGAAGAGGAGGAGGAGGGGGAAAGGAGUGAAGAGUGGUAUCAGCAGAAGGAGGAGAAGCUGAAAGACCGACCGGAGGAGCUAAUGCUGUGGGCGGCAGAGAAUAACAGACUGCCAACGGUGAAGCGGCUGCUCUCGGUCGACCCCUUGCUUGCGCAUUGCCAGGACGAGGACGGCUAUACUCCGUUGCACCGUGCGGCCUACGGAGGUCACGCCGCCACGGCCUCUACCCUGUUGGCAGCGGGCACCGAAGUUAACUCCCGCACUGCCGACGGCUGGACGCCCCUACACAGCGCCUGUCGCUGGGGCCAAGUUGCCACUGCGUCCCUCCUGUUGCGCCAAGGGGCGGAGUUGAACGCCCAGACCAACGGCGGCCUCACAGCGCUCCAUCUAGCUGCCUCCCACCCUGGACCGGGCUCUGCCCACACACUGGAGUUCCUCCUAUCGCAGCGCCACAUCAAGGCGGAGCUUCAGAGCAAUAGCAGGGAGACGGCUAGUGAAAUCGCACGCCGAAGUGGACCGCAUCACUUCCUGUUUGAGAUGGUUGAGGACUGUAACAGUGUGCGGUCUCCCCGGUGACCCUACACACACACACACACAUCAGCUCUUCUUUACCUCUACCCAGGGGCCUUCAUGGAAGACAAGACAGUGUUCCAAGAAGUGUCUUAUGAACAGUCACGUACACCACCACGUACACCACCACAGUCUUACUUUGCAGUCCUGGGAGGAAACCUCAAUUCUUAUCUCAUAUAUUCUCUGUACGCUUUAUUUGUCUUGAGUCCCAAAUGGCAACAUAUUCUGUACAUAGUGCACCACUUUUGGGUCCUGGUCAAAACUAGUGCACUGUGUAAGGGAAUAGGGUGCCAUUUGGGAUGCAGACCCUAAUAGCCGGGUACUUGGAAUGGGUUGAAAAUAAGUGGUCCAAUUAGCAUCCUCAGAUACUAUGGGUGAUUUUUAGCAUGGAAACCCACAUGGUCAGACUGUACUUUGGAUUAGUUUGUCUUGUGAUUGGGUGAUUGGCUGACUUAAUUUUAUUUUUUAAAUAAUGCCUGUCAUUACAGACAUAGGCUCAAAUGGGUUUCAGCGGUGGGAUGACUAAUUUUGUGAAAUGAAGCAGAUCAGUCUGGGUUCCAGGCGAAAUUGUGUGUGCUAGAGUAAUGUUUCUCAUUGGUCUCUGAGCAUUGGGGGUGUAUUCAUCUCAUUUAUUGAAUUGAUUGUUGAUCGUUGUGGCCAUUUUAGAUGUGUCAUGAUUUAUUCAAAUUCUUUGCUAAUUCUACAGCUAAUUUGUUAGUCAUCCAAGUGUCAUCCGUGCUCGCUGUAGAAAUAAAAAUAAAAUCACUAAAUCUUUA